GGCUGGCUGCCGAGGGCUAACUUUACCCGAGAAUGCUAACGUUAGCUAGCUAACGUCAACUGAUGUCUCAAUAUCUGAAUUUCCCCUGUUAUCAAAUUACUCUUCAACGUGUGUCAGUAUAACUUCUGCAUUACGUUUGCAUGGACUAAUCAUCUUGGCGUAUUUACGGGUUUUUUUUUAUAGCCAAAGUAGGUCCCCAUCACCAGCAGCCAUGGGGAAUAUGUUUGCAGGCCUCUUUAGUUUCUUUGGGAAGAAGGAGAUGCGGAUCCUUAUGGUGGGUUUGGAUGCUGCCGGAAAGACAACUAUUUUGUACAAGCUGAAACUUGGAGAGAUCGUGACUACCAUUCCCACGAUAGGUUUUAAUGUGGAGACUGUAGAGUACAGGAACAUCAGUUUUACAGUAUGGGAUGUUGGCGGUCAAGACAAAAUUCGACCACUGUGGCGUCACUACUUCCAGAAUACACAGGGUCUCAUUUUUGUUGUGGACAGCAACGACAGGGAGCGAGUCCAGGAGGCUCGUGAGGAGCUCUCAAGGAUGUUGGGGGAGGACGAGCUCCGCGACGCCGUUCUAUUAGUGUUUGCCAAUAAACAAGACCUUCCCAAUGCCAUGAAUGCAGCAGAACUCACAGACAAGUUGGGUCUUCACAGCCUACGUGGCAAGCACUGGUACAUCCAGGCGACCUGUGCCACCACUGGCGAUGGCCUGUACGAAGGACUGGACUGGUUGUCUAGUCAGCUCAAAAAACAAUAAUCAUCGGCUUUUCACCCUUAGAACAUGUGCUCUACUCUUAAAGUUUCGCAAAACCGAGUUACCCUCUCCAAAAAGAAGCCCUGGAAGAUGCCCAUACCUCAGAAGUUAUUGUUAUAAACCUACAGACCAGUGGUGGGGAGGAUCUAUUCUUGUAAAGCAGUCAGGUUUUAUUAUUAUUUUAUGUAAAUAUACUUGGUAACGGGGCAGCUUGUUGCACUCUAUAGAAUCCUGUGGUGAUUAUUUCUCUUUCGGGUCUGAUGGGCAUCCAUGCGUCUAUAGAAUAAGAAAAGGGAUGUGAGGAAUGCAAAUUUACCAGCACGAUGACCUUGAUGCAAUCCGAUGACUCAUUAUCUGGUCACAUGUACUGUAGCGGGUGAUGGGCUUUUAAAUAAAAGAAGAAAAACUGACUUAAACACGUAUGCACUACUUGCAGCAACUGUGGUUACUUUAACAAGUGACUGCAUAGUACCAGCCCCCCCCCCCCACAACUCAAAUUGCCAUUUAGUAUAUGCAGGCAUUGCCACUUUGUACUUGCAUCCUUUUUUCCAAGUUUAAAACUUACCAGCCUUUUGUCAAACGGAGAGAUGCUGCCACGAUCUGGCAUCAACCCGCUUCACGGUUGUUUGAAAGGCAGUAUGUUGAGACCACGUUGUGUUUUUGUAUUUUGGAGUCUCAGGUUUAUCAUGUGCUGCCUUUGAAACGUACUUGUUAGCCAAACUGCAUGAUGUGGUCUGUUGGUGUUUGGGUCGUGCAUAGUCACUGGGUGUUUACAUCGGCAUUAUUUCAACAGCCCGAUACUGUAGUUCAAUUUCGGUAUUUGUAACUUAAGAAGAUGGACACUACAAUGGCUCUUCUGUCUUUACUCAAAGCUCUCGCAAUUCAUGCCUUUUUUUUUUUUUUCUUCUUUCAUUUGGUUAUCAAGAUCUGAGCAGUGGCGUUUUGGUGGCAAUACAAACUGUUUGAGCUACAUGUUAAACGUGGUGCCAGUAUUUCUUCCUCUGCAGCAUGUUGUGCUUUGGGUAACUAAGAGAAGCCAAACAUACGCCUUCCUAUCCAAGACAUGUUUCCUUUUUAUUUCCAAGCUUCUUUUCCAAAAGGUGUGGGUUUUGCUUUACUUAUCUGAACAUGUCUUGAGGGUACAUCAAAUUUGGUUUUGUGAUUUAUAACUGCCUAAAAUUGUGAGAACUAUGUUAAUCUUAAGUACGUGUGUUUUGUAUGUAACGCUUUUGUUUUGUGAGGAAAAAGCACUGUAAUUAAAGUGACUGGACAAUUUGU